AUGUACUCUGCCACCGGCUGGCUGGUCCGGCGUGACCCCAAGGUUCAGGUUUUGCUAUCCGCCACAUUGGAUCCUUUGCCCCCAGUUCUGCGACGUGGCCUCGUGGCAGUGGCAUUCUGCGGCAUUCUCUCCCUUGUUUCCAGUCUUGCUCUCUUCACCUUUUUGACAUAUCGACUUUGCGUCUGGUAUUACCGGGGUCACCUCAGAAAUGGCGCCAAUCAAUUCCUCAUCCUCAUAUACAACUUGGUUUUGGUCGACAUCCAACAAGCUAUGGCCUUUGCCUUGACCUCCGUUUAUCUUGCGGCGAACAAGAUUGAGGUCGGAACAACGACGUGUUGGGCGAAUGGUUGGUUUGUCUCAACCGGAGAUCUGGCAUCCGGCGUCUUCAUAUUUGCUAUUGCUCUCCAUACUUUCUUCGCCGUGGUCAAGGGUCGACGAGUGGAGACUAAAGUCUUCUAUACGGGGAUUGCAUGCCUAUGGAUCUUUGUCUACACUAUGGCAAUAAUAGGAGUCGGUUUGGAUCCGGACCUCUAUGUCCGGGCAGGCGCAUGGUGCUGGAUUAGCCGAAAACACGCGAAAGAGAGGCUAUGGAUACAUUAUUUCUAG